AUGGCGGGGAAGAUGGGGACGAACAAGGGAGCGGUGACCUUCCGACGCCACAGAGUCUGCCCGUUCCAGUCUGCCCGUUCCUACUCAGAACAUGCUGAUGACAAUAAUUCCCAGCCGUACGGUUGCCGUCGGCCUUCAGUUUGGUUGGGCUUUGCAGAGCAGCAGAAGCGGAAUGAAUCAAAACCAAAUAAAGGUACUCCGAGAUCUCUCCAUGAAUAUCCAUAUCUUCAAGACCACUCCAGUAUUCGGCCUGAUGUAUAUGGACAUGUUGCUCAAUCUCAUUUUCAUGAUUCAGCAAUUGAUGGUCCAAAUGCAAGAAAUUCACCCUUUGCAAGUGGAAAUGAACAGUUGCCAAGGGUUCAUGGUGGCCACGGUCGGGCUCGUCUUCUGUCACAACAGGAGAGGCAAGCAGUGGCCUUUGCAUCUCCUGGUGAUGAUGGCUUACCUCAAAGGGACGCCUUUAUCAAUGGUAGAAUGAGUACUCAAUAUAGUGAACCCGCUUUUAUUGCACCUGAAAGCUCUAAUGUGUUGUCUGAUGGUCAAAUUAAUGACACUAUGCUGAGAAUGGAGGGGAAACACAAGGUAUACUUCAUGACUGCAUUUGUUUAUGUUUCCUCAACAAAAGAUGACUCAAAUUGUUGCCUCUUGCAGGGUGAAGAUGUCAGAAUGGCUAAAGAAGUAGAAGCUCAUGAAGCUCGAAUCCGGAAGGAGAUGGAGAAACAAGAUAUUCUGAGGAGAAAGAAUGAGGAAAGAAUCAGGAGAGAAAUGGAAAGGCAAGACCGUGAAAGGAGAAAGGAGGAAGAGAGAUUGAUGCGUGAAAGGCAGCGAGAGGAAGAGAGAUCAAAGGAGCAAAAAUGUGAAAACGAACGAAGGGAGAAGUUUUUGCAGAAAGAAAAUAUAAGAGUUUUUGGACUUUUGGUCAUGGAGCUUGCUGCUUUUGCUGCUGAAGUGAUGAUCUAUCAUCUAUAUGUUCGUGCUGUUCUAGUUUUUCAUUAUUUUUUUUUUUCGAAAACUGUUAUGUGGCAUUGUAGUAUGCCUCCUUGCCGAGCUCCUAGGCAAAAUCAUCCCGGGGGGGAUGAUGAGGAAGCGCAGAGUGGUUUUAUGAACGCCAUGGAGGAUUUCUUUCAGCGUUUUAGCACUAGCAUGGUCCUUGAGAUAAAUUAUGAUAGAGCUUACAAGAAUGGUGCUAGAGCGUUUAGCCAUGUUGUUGAGCCAUUGGAUGCUCAUAAUUGGGUAGAGACCAUUAAGAAAAUGUUUAUUCAAGUGAGGUGCCCAGAGGAUAGGAAAGUGGGCUUGGCUACUCAGUUCUUGGAGAAGGAAGCUUGGCAUUGGUGGCUUGAUAUGAGUAGAGGUAUGGGUGAAGCUGCAAAUCAUAUAUUGAGGCCCAGGAGUUGGCAGCUGGCCGUCUUCGUGAUUCUGGUGGUCAUAGCCAGGGUUCAUCAAGGAAAUUAG